AUGGGUGGCGGCAACGAGUCUCGGAGUGAUUACUCCUACCCUCGGAUGGUAUCGAGACCUGUAGGCGUUCCCAAGACCAGCAUUCUCAAGGAGCGCAUCGGCCUGUUCUAUAACCACGGACAAAACCUCAACAAAGCCAGGUAUUCAGGCUGUCCACAUGUUCAGUUGUCUGUGUGGGAUGCGCCGGGCCAGGAGCGCCCCACGUUCAAGGAAGCGACAUCUCAUGAGUUUCGCGAGACGCGCAUUGGCGAGUCAUUUGGUCCAUCAUGGUCAACUCAUUGGUUCAGAGUCAUCUUGACUGUUCCCACCGACAUCGCCGAGGACGAGCAUCUUGAGCUGCACUGGGACGCGAACAAUGAAGGCCUGAUCUGGUCGGAAGAUGGGACACCAUUGCAAGGUCUAACAGGAGGCGGCGAACGUAUUGAAUGGGUUCUCCCCAAAUCCUUCUGCAAUGGGAAAGAACAUACCAUCUACGUUGAAAUGGCUUGCAACGGUAUGUUCGGGAACGCUCCAGACGGUAAAACGAGCAUUGCGCCCCCAGACUCCAAUCGCCGCUUUCAACUCGCAAAGGCAGACAUCGUCUCUGUGAACUGGCAAGCGCGUAUGUUGCAAGUGGACAUGCACGAGAUUGGCGAUGCCGCCAAAGAGCUGCCCGAAAAUUCAGCCGAGCAGAACAAAGCGUUGAGCGUUGCAAUGAAAAUCAUGGACACCUUCCAGGUUGAUAACCAGGAGUCGAUACUCAAGUGCCGCAAGCUGGCCCAGGAGAUUCUUGGACCCAAUGUUGACUCUCAUCGUGUGUAUGAGACGGGUGCAGAGCCGGUGGUUUUCGGCAUCGGCAACUGCCACAUUGAUACGUGCUGGCUGUGGCCCUGGGCCGAGACAAAGCGCAAGGUAGCUCGAUCCUGGUCAAAUCAAUGUGACCUCCUUGACCGUUACCCCGAGGCCACCUUCGCCGCCUCUCAAGCACAGCAAUUCAAGUGGCUGAAGCAAUUUUAUCCCGCAGCCUACGAAAGGGUACAAAAGAAGGUGAAGACUGGUCAGUUCAUGCCCAUUGGUGGUAGCUGGGUUGAGCAUGACACAAACAUGCCCAGCGGAGAGUCCCUGGUCCGACAGUUCUUCUACGGCCAGCGCCUUUUCGAGCGAGAAUUCGGGGCGAGAUGCAGGACAUUCUGGCUGCCAGAUACUUUUGGCUACUCCAGCCAAAUCCCCCAAUUGUGCCGCCUCGCCGGCAUGGACCGCUUCGUGACCCAGAAAUUGAGCUGGAACAAUAUCAACAACUUCCCCCACACAACAUUCAUGUGGGUGAGUCCAGACGGGAGCCAGGUCAUCUGCCACAUGCCACCAUCGGAGACAUACACAGCAGAGGCCAACUUUGGCGACGUCAAGCGCAGCAUCACCCAGCACAAAACCAUGGCUGUCGACAGCACCUCCCUACUCCUCUUCGGCAAAGGCGACGGUGGUGGCGGCCCUACUUGGGAGCAGCUCGAGAAGCUGCGUCGGUGCGCGGGAAUCAGCAACACGAUUGGCGGUAUUCCAAAGGUGAAGCUCGGCAACACUGUCGAUGACUUCUUUGACCGCUUGUCGUCCAAGGCCUCGGAGUUUCCCACAUGGUACGGCGAACUAUACUUUGAGCUUCAUCGUGGCACGUACACCACGCAGGCCAACAACAAGUACUAUAACCGCAAGACAGAAGUCAUGCUGCGGGACAUUGAGCAGUUGGCCACCUUUGCGUCUCUCAGCACCAAGAAAUAUCAGUAUCCGACCAAGGACAUUGAUGAUAUGUGGGAGAAUGUGCUCCUGUGUCAAUUUCACGACUGUCUGCCCGGCAGCUGCAUUGAAAUGUGCUACGACGACUCUGACAGCUUGUACGCUGAAGUGCUCAAGACUGGCAACAAGCUUCUGAAGGAAUUGUAUGAGCUAUCGGGCAUUUCUGAUGCUAGGCCUGCCACUUUGGGCGAGGCACUUGCCAUUAACACCUUGCCUUGGCAUCGCAAAGAGCUCGUCGAGAUUUCCGAGACUGAGGUUGGCGUUGCCUGUGGUGACGGCCAGACAUUGGCAGUGAGGACCUUCCACGUACAGGAGGAACAGCCUGCUGUCACUGUCCACGAGACAGGCACCAAUUCCUUUGUUGUCGAGAACGACCAGUUGCGCGUGGUCGUUACGAACGGUGUCAUUGUCUCACUCUACGACCGCAUCAACGAGCGCGAAGUUAUCGACAAGGGUGGCGAGGCCAACAAGUUUGUGAUCUUUGACGACGUCCCGCUGUACUGGCAGGCAUGGGACGUGGAAGUAUACCACCUGGGUACCAAACGCUCGCUCCAGUACGGAUCAACCAAGAUUCAUGAGAAGAAGGCACACAAGGUCACCCUGGUCACCGAUGUCACGAUCAGCGAGAACAGCUCACUCAAGUCUUACAUUACUCUGUCGGCAUCGCUCAAGGGGCAGCCGUCGGAGGUCGACUGUGCAGCUGAAGUCGAGUGGCACGAGAAUUCCAAAUUCCUCAAGGUUGAAUUUCCGGUGGAUGUUGUCAACACGGAAGCAUCUUACGAGACAGCAUACGGCAUUACCAAGCGCCCAACGCACUACAACACCAGUUGGGACAUGGCCAAGUUCGAAGUAUGUUGCCACAAAUUCGCUGAUCUCUCAGAGCAUAACUAUGGCGUUUCUAUUCUGAAUGAUAGUAAAUAUGGCUUCGCCACAGCGGGCAAGGUGAUGCGGCUUUCACUAUUACGCUCGCCCAAGGCUCCUGACGCCCACGCAGACAUGGGUCGCCACAACAUCCGCUGGGCCAUCUUCCCGCACAAUGGUUCCUUGGGCUCUUCGACAGUCAGGGCAGCGUAUGCCUUCAACAACCCGCUCAAGCUUUGCUCCGGGGGCGAGGCAGCCCUGACCAAGUCGGCUGGGUGCCCCAUCAAACUGGUCAAUGAAGACGAGUCGGCUUCGCUUGUGCUCGACACAAUCAAGCGUGGACACGAUGAUGAUGACGUGACUCGCCACGAGGGUCUGAGGGUGAACAAGGGCCAAAGCAUCAUUCUGCGCGUAUACGAAUCCCUCGGUGGCCACAGCAAGGGUACUUUCCACACAAAAUUCCACGUGAAGCGCGCGACCCAGGUCAAUAUCUUGGAAGACGAGCUGUGUGAGGUCUCCAUAAGGGAUGGCACGAUCCCGAUCAAAUUGAGACCGUUCGAAGUGGCCACCUUCAAGCUCGAGCUUUAG